AUGAUGAAAAAUUUAACUCAUUAUUUUACAGAUAAUGUAAAAUCUAUCGACGACUCAGUUAUUGCAAAAUCUGAUGAGGUUAUUAGUGUUGAAAAAAUAGCAAACGGUAAUGAGCACAUUGUUAAAAUGAACAUCAAUGGAAAAAAACGUGAACGAGUUAAAAUAAAAAUAUCGCAAUCUAACAAUCGAGGUAAAAUUUGUAAUAUUGUUAACAAUAAAAACGAUCUUAUUGAUAAAACUCCGAGCCCGCACACAAAAUUGUUUGAUAAAAAAAUAAUUUCGUGUGAUGAUACUCCCAAGCGUUCAAACUCUAGCUAUAAUGUUAAUAAUAAUUGUGAGAUUAAUGAUCAAAAAGUUGAUUUAGAUACUACAGAUGAGUGCAUAUUUGAUGUCGAUGUUAAAAAAAAGUUCAACAAUAAAAAAAAUAAAAUAGAGAGCCUUCAGGAUAAUUCAACAACAGCUGAACAAGUUAAUGGAAGGGAAGAACCAAAUGCAUUUCAUGUUUUAAUGACUCGCAAUAAACCUGGGAAAAUUAUAUGUACAAAAAAGUCAACGGACGAAGGAGAAGAGGACCAACUUGAAAUUAAAAAUAGUCAAGAUUUGAAAAGUAAAUUGAAGCAAAAUAAAGAGAAACUAAUAACUCUAGCAGAUAAAAAAGGAUAUACCAAAAGAAAAUUACGUGAAAAAGAAGAGGAGGAAAUAAUUGAAAAACAAGUAGAAAAUCGUAUUAAAAUGUUCAAGGGAAAUAGUAGCAACAAUAUUGAUGGUAGUAAUAUCAUUACUCCAAAACCAACUCCUCGUGGUUUGUAUAAUUAUUUUAGUACUAUAACACCUGAAGAACGAGAACGAGCCAAGUCUAAAAUGGUUGUUGAAGCUGAAAUACACGAUGGUCAAAUAUCAUCUUCAAGUAAGCAAUCUUCAAAAUCUACAUCUAAUAUUAAUAAUAAAAAAAAUAAGUCAAGAGUUAGAAAAAUUUUAGCAACAAUUGAUGAUAUUCAAGUUCUUAAUUCAGAGUCUUCUUCGCCAAGUGUUAGUCCUACGACUGAAGAAUCAAAAUCAUCAAACGAAUCAUCUCCAUCACAUAAAAAGAAACGUAAAUGGUCAAUGCGAAUUAAUCUUCAAUCACCGGAAAUCCAAGAUGAAACAGGCAGAGAUUCUGGAAGUGAAAUUAAAAACCAAUCCCAAGAUAAUCAUAUCAAGCAAAAAAAAAAUAAACAUAAAGAUAAAAAAAAAAAUAAAUCAAAUAAAGGAGAAUCAACAGAAGACUCUCAUGAAGAAGAUGAAAUUAACAACGUUGAAGAUAAGAAUGCCUGCAUAAAUAAUCAAAUUUUAAUAGACAAUGAUACAUUACCAGAUGAAAAAUUGGGUCUUGAUUAUUCUGAGAUAGAAGUCAUUGAAACAAAAAUAUUAAAAAGACCCUCUAAUGAAAAACUUGCUCCAUUAUUUGUCAAACGAUCAAAGCUUGACCCUGAUGUUAUUGCAGCUCGUCGUUCAUUUUUACAUUCAAGAUCACCAGAAAAUGAAAAAAAAAAAUCUGAACGAAAAGUCAUUGUAUCUGGAAUACCAAUGCUACCAUUUCCAUCCGCCUCUCAUAUAACUCAACUUAAUGUCGAAGAUAGAAUACAUGAGGUGCCUUGUUCUUUGAAAUAUAAAAUCAAAGAAGCUACAAAUUAUACUCCAACAUUUGAUCUCAGUAAUUUCUUAUCGAUCAUCAAUUUAAGUGACUCAGUUCAAGAUCAAAAAUUAAUUAAAGAUGAAACAAAGUCAGAUGCUGAAGAAAUUUUGAAAGAAAUUGAAGAAAGAUGCUCUGACGCCCGGGAAAUGUGGACUAAAAUUAACUUAGUAUCAAACAAACAAAAAAAUGAAGCAAUUCCAAAAAAGCGAGGACGUAAAUCUAAAUCUGCGGAUAAAGAAUCACCUGCAAAAAAAAUAGAAGAUAAUGUUAAAGUCUAUACAUGGACCGAAAAAUACAAGCCUAUAUGUGCUAAAGAAAUUGUUGGCAAUGAAGAAGCUGCUGGUAAAUUACGAGAUUGGUUAAGUUCAUGGCAAUCACCAACUGAAAAAGAUGAUUAUAGCAGCAGUGAAGAAUUUUAUUCAUCAGAUAAUAGUCAUUCUGGUGGUUUAAAUUGUAGUCAAGUUGCUGUUCUUUUAGGCCCUCAUGGCAGUGGUAAAACUGCCAGUGUUUACGCAAUCGCCAAGGAACUGGGUUACAAUGUUUUAGAAGUUAAUGCUUCCAGUAAACGUCCAGGACGAAAAAUUUUAAAAGAUUUAGAAGAAGCAACUAAAUCACACCAUGUUAAAAAGUCUGAUGGAAAAAUAUUAUUCCAAGCUUCUGCAAAUAAUGACAAGAAAACUAUGCAAAAUUCUCUUAUUUUAUUUGAAGAUGUUGAUAUUAUAUUUGAUGAAGAUGAUGGUUUUAUAUCAGCUACUUAUCAACUUGCCGCCAAUACUAAAAGACCAAUUGUUAUGACGUGUAGAGAUUCAUGUUCGCAUUUAAGUCGAAUGGCUCCGCAGCAGUUACGAAUUUGUUAUCAAACAACUUAUGGUUCACGAGUUUCAGCAUUAUUAGAAUUAAUAACGUUAGCUGAGUCUGGAACUCGUUUGCCUCAAUCCUGUUUAAAUAAACUCAUCGCGAUUGGUGAUUUGCGGAAAGCAUUACUACAGUUGCAAUAUAUAUUAAUAUCAGGAAUACCACAAUCAUCGCUGCUACCAAGUGAUUUCCAUAAAACUUUAUGGCAAGAUAUGCGUAAUUAUUUGUAUAAGCCAGUUGCUAAAUUGGAUAAAAAACAAACAAAGAAAAAAAAUUUAGAAAAUGUCAAUGGAUCAAAUUUAGACAUUAUGGAUAAUUUAGCUGAUGACUUAGAUGCAGUAUCUUUAGUAUCAUCUCUAGUUGAUAUUGAUGAUCACAUUUUAAAUAUAACUGAGUUUAAAUAUGAACCUAGUUUAUCUCUUGAAGAAACAAUGGAUUCGUAUUCAAGCAAUGAUGUUCGUAGUAUGGAAAUCGGCAAAUGGUUAAGACAUCGAGUUAUGAAUAAGUACACUACAGAUACGAGUGAAAUUGAUACUAAACUAGUACGGCAGCUAUCAUUAAAAAAAGAAUUAAAUACAGGAAUUAAUACGGCACUAUCUCAAAUUUCAAUUAAUAACUCGGAUUCGCGGAGUGUUUCAAUUGAUUAUUUACCAGCUAUCCGUACUAUAUGUCGAUCAGAAGAGAUCAAAUCAUCAAAUAACACAAAAAGAAGAUUUUUUCAUUAUUUACAAAACUUUCGAUUACCAUAUGGUCAAAUUAAACCUAAUAUUUUACAAGCGGCGUGUAAAGCAAUGCAAGAAAAAAAUGAAAAGUCACUACAAAGAUAG